AUGGUACAUAUUGGGAUCCCCAAGAAUUAUACUGCUUCACCAUCGAGCGUUAGUCAUACUCCGUCUUUGACUAUCAAUCGUGAAGUUGCGCUAGAUCUUGAUUCUAGCAAUGCAUUCGAAGGUCCCGAAAAACUGUUAGAGGUAUGGUUCAGUCCAUCCCCGGACGCCCUUCAGGGUUGCUCCGAACCAGCCGGCCUCAAAGCCGUGUCCGCCGAGAUAUGGAAGUCAAUGCUUGACUUGGUCAACUGCAAAGUAUUGUCCAUCGUCGAAUCUGAAGAUGUCGACGCCUAUCUUCUCUCUGAGUCGAGCAUGUUCGUCUUCCCUCACAAACUCAUCUUGAAGACAUGUGGAACUACCACCUUGCUCUGUGGCCUCCCACGAAUUCUCGAAAUUGCGACUCUGUUCGGUGGCUUCGAACGCUCUACAGCCCCACCAUCCCGCGGCAUUGCUGUUGCUGCCGCUCCAUAUCGUGUUUUUUACAGCCGCAAGAAUUACUUGUUCCCUGACCGUCAACGCGGACCACACCGCAGCUGGCGUGAUGAGGUUCAUACUCUCGACAAACUCUUUGUUGGGGGAAGUGCAUACAUGAUUGGCAAGAUGAAUGGCGAGCAUUGGUACCUCUAUCUGACUGAACCAUACACCACGUUGACACCACCAGCCAGUCCACAGAGCAUGGAUAGUCCAACAACAACCGAGACCAGAGCGCUGGACCUACCAUCCUCCCUGGUGGUUGAUCGUGGUUCGAAGGUGUGCGAAGGUGAAGAUGAAACUCUUGAGAUUCUCAUGACGGAUCUGGACGAGGAGAAUGCUAAACAAUUCUACCUCGACCAUGCGAGUGCGGUCGCAGAAGAUCAGUGGGAAGGAUCUCAGAGAGGACAUGAUGAUCACGUGGAUGUUUUCAGCAACGCCUCAUCCGAUGGCGGUGACAUCUCUUUGAAGGAAGAACCUUUCCCGGUUGAACUCACCACUGAAGGUCACGCUUUGGGCGCGGUCGUUUCUCGAUCCUGCGGCCUUUCUGAUGUUUACCCUGUCGAAAAAUAUCCUGAUGCUCGGGUGGACGCCUAUCUUUUCACACCCUGUGGAUUUUCUGCCAACGGCGUCGUUCCAGCGCCCCCUGGGGAAAAGGGAACUCACUAUUUCACGGUCCAUGUCACCCCUGAACCCAUCUGCUCUUAUGCCUCAUUCGAAACCAACGUUCCCGUUGGCCCGAAGGGUCGUGAGACCGCUGAAAUCGUUCAACACGUUGUGGACAUUUUUCAACCGGGUCGAUUCAGUGUCACUCUCUUCGAAGCCAAGUCCCAUUUCGAAGAGAGUGCUUGUGCCGAUCACGACGAGUUGGCUCAAAUUAGGAUGUUGGAACGACAAGUGGCUCGUCGUAACACGAAGAUGGACACAAUUCACGGAUAUCGUCGCAUUGAUCGCAUUGUUCAUGACCUCGAUGGCUAUGAUUUGGUCUUUCGUUACUAUGAACGAAAUGACUGGAAAGGCGGUGCACCUCGGAUCGGUGAGAGAGGCUUCUGA